AUGUCUUCUUCGCCUUCUGACAAGAAUUCCUUGUUUAACAUGUCUUAUUAUUCGGUGAAGAUUUCGGCAGAAGGAAUUUAUGAUGCAAGAUAUGGAACCUUGUGUAUGAUUGGUUGUCGUGACCUUGUCUCAAACAAUGGAACACCAACAGCAAAUUCUUUGGACUGUGAGAUUCUGAUGAAAUUUCAGUUCCCUUCUUUAGAUACAAAAGAUAGAAGCUACAUUAAGGGAAGCAUUGAAAGCACGCGCCCAAAAUCCGAUCCUCUUUACUUCAACAGUUUAGAGGUAUCUGCGGUAGCGUAUUACAUUCAAGAAGUGAGAAGAAAUGUUUGGAGAACGGAUAUGGAAGUUAUCAUGGCUCUGAUAUCUACAACUCUAGCAUGUGUUUUCGUCGGAUUGCAACUCAACCAUGUGAAGAGAAACCCUAAUGUGCUUCCCUUCAUCUCAAUUUUCAUGAUGUCGAUUCUCACAUUUGGUCACAUGAUACCACUUGUUCUCAAUUUCGAAGCACUUCUUGCUAAAAAUCCUAACAACACAACCUAUGUUUUAGGAAAUGUUGAAAAAUGGCUUGAAGUUAAUGAAAUAAGUGUGAGGCUAAUCACCAUGGUAGCUUUCUUGUUGCAAUUCCGUCUCCUGCAUCUAACUUGGUCAUCCAGAAAAACUGACGAAAGCAAAAACAAUCACUGGAUUGCCGAGCGAAAAGCUUCUUAUGUGACCUUCCCUUUGUAUGCUGUCGGAUUAUUGAUUGCAUUGCUAUUGAAGUUAAAGAAGGAUAGAGAUUCGGUUACCUCAAUGUACCAAGUCUACCGACAACAUGAUCCGUCUUGGGAGAGCAUAAAAUCUUAUGGUGGUUUGGUAUUGGAUUGCUUUCUUGUGCCACAAGUCAUUCUAAACUUGUUUUCAAAUAUGAAUGAGAAUGUUCUUUCAUGCUCAUUUUACUUUGGAACUACUUUUGUGAGACUCUUGCCACAUGCUUACGAUCUUUACAGGGCUCACAAUUAUGCCGACCAAGAUAGUGACCUAUACUUCUAUGCCGAUCCAAGCCAAGAUUUUUACUCAACUUCUUGGGAUAUUUUCAUUCCUUUGGUAGGUAUUGUAUUUGCUAUCAUUAUCUACUUGCAGCAACGUUUUGGUGCUCAAUGUGUUCUGCCUCAUAGAUUCAAAGGAUCAAAGGGAUAUGCAAAGGUUCCUGAUUCAGAAGGAGAAGUAGAGACCACCAACAUGUAA